AUGGCGACUAACGGUCGUGAGGAGGAAAGCACUGCUGCCGUUGCUGCGAGCUGGAGGCAAAGGCUGCUCAAAUGCUGGAACUUUGUCCUGGUCAACAAGUCUUUGUUCCUAAGUCUGUUGGGGGUUGCUGGUGGUGAAAAUCCCACCAGGUUAAACAGCUACAUCUGGUGGGCUAAUGGAGCCAUCGCAGGUGUCAUACUGGGCUUGAUUCUGAAGACCUACACACAUUUAACUUCAGUCACCCGGCACUACAUCGGCUUUCCUGGAGAAAUACUCAUGCGGAUGCUUCAGGUGGUUACUGUUCCUCUUAUUGUAACCAGUGUGGUUGUUGGAAUGAUAUUGGUCGUGAUUUUCAAGCCAGGAGUUGACUACGUUGAGGAUGAAGAGCCAGAAGGUGAGGAAGAUUUCUCCACCGUCGAUGCCCUGCUAGAUCUGUUAAGGAACAUGGUCCCACAGAACUUGAUUCAGGCUUGCUUCCAACAGUACAAGACUACCACAGUGGUGGUGCAAAAUGAGGGUGAUGACCAAAACUCCACCGUGGGAAUGAAUGCAACAGAUGUGCAGCUAGUGGGCCAAUAUGUUGAGGGAACCAACAUGACGGGCCUGAUCAUUUGGGCUUUUAUUUUUGGCCUCGCCAUUAACAGGAUAGGAGAGACGGGGGACACCCUCGUGGAGCUCCUUACUGUCAUUAAUGAGGCCACAAAGAAGAUUUUCAACAUGAUACUGGGAUAUCUGCCCAUAGGAGUGCUGUUCUUGAUCACAAGCCACAUUGUUGAGGUUGAGGACUGGGAAACUGCUCUGAGUCUUGGAAAGUUCAUGGGAGUGGUUAUUUUCGGGCUUCUGAUCCAUGGCCUGGUGAUUCUGCCAAUGAUCUUUUUCCUCUUUGUGAGGCGUAACCCCCUCCCUGUCAUGAGAGCGGUCACCCCGGCUUUAGUCACUGCAAUGCUGAUCUCAUCCAGCUCUGCUGCACUGCCCCUCAUGUUUUUGUGCUGUGAGGAGAAACUGAGGAUCAACAGAAAAGUCACUCGCUUCAUGCUGCCCAUCUGCACCAGCACCAACAUGAAUGGAAGCGCCCUUUACAAAGUGGUUGCAGUCAUUUUCAUCGCCCAGCUCAACCGCAUCAAUCUGAACUUGAGCCAGUUAAUUACCAUUGUUGUGACGGCAGCAGCCACCAGCAUCGGCGCAGGAGGGAUCCCAGCUACAGGAGCAGUGACCACUCUCUUUGUUCUGACAGUGGUCGGCCUACCUGCUCAGGAUGCCUCUAUUCUGGUGGCUGUAGAAUGGCUCCUAGAUCGAUGCAACACCGUCGUCAACGUCUUUUCAGACUGCAUUGGCGUGUUGAUCAUCUAUGAAGUGUCCAAAAAAGAACUGGAGGAGCAUAGACAGGAAAUGAUACAGAUGGAUUUCAGCAAUGCUGCGGAUGUUGCCCCUGACCAGAUCCAGGUCCACCUCAGCGACAGGGACUCGGAUAACGAGUCCCUACAUACCCCACCGGAAAAUCCAUUCUCUGAGUUCAGUGAUGCAGCGGAGCAGCUCGACCCCAACCCGUCAUCCUGA